AUGACAUCACCCACAAGAGUUGGCUGGUAUGGCCUCGGAUCGAUGGGGCUAGGAAUGUCCCUCAAUCUCCAAAAAUACCUCAAGAGCAACAAUUUGUCGCCACUUCGUUACAGCAACCGUACUUUGUCAAAGGGUGAUCUGCUUCGUGAUGAAGGAGCCACACCUGAAGAGAAGUUCGAAGAUCUCGUCCAAAAUUCGGAUAUAAUCUUUACAAUGAUCUCCAUUGACGAAGUGCUAAUUGAGCUAUUUAACAAGGCCUUGAUCGCAGGCGAUUCAUUGAAAGGCAAAGUCUUUGUAGACACUUCUACUAUUCAUCCAGACACGUCAGAAUGGGCCACAUCACGCCUCAGUGAAUAUGGGGCAGCAUUCAUAGCUGCCCCAGUGUUUGGCGCUAGCGCUAUGGCGGCCGCUGGGAAGCUCAUCUUCGCGGUAGCCGGACCUGCUAAGGCAGUUGAGACAAUCAGACCUCUCAUCCUGAACAUCAUGGGACGCAGCAUCAUCGAUAUGGGAGAAGACGUGCGAAAGUCCAGCCUUCUCAAGAUCUCUGGGAAUAUCCUCGUUAUCAGCUUCAUGGAAGUGAUUGCUGAAGCGCAAGUAUUUGCCGAAGUUACGGGGAUUGGCAAUCAACAGCUGGAGGAAUUUAUUGGCAAUAUGUUUGGUCCCGUGCUCGAAAGCUACUCAAAACGUAUCACUACUGGCGCGUAUGCACCGCCGCUGGACACGUCUCCCGGGUUUCAAGCAGCCCUUGCAAGCAAAGACAUGAAACACGCUCUCUCCAUCGCUACCAGUCAUUCAACUCGUCUUCCAACGCUUGAAAUUGCAUCAAAUCGUCUUAACUCAGCACGAGAAUAUGCCGGUGAGUGCUUGGAUAGUUCAGCUAUUUAUGGAACAGGGCGAAUGGAAGCGGGCCUGUCUUUUUGGAGUGAAAACAGCCGACAAGGAAACUGA